AUGAUUCCUCUCCUCCCGGGCCUCCGCUUGGUAUUAUACAACGCGUGGGGCCUUUGCAACCGCGGGGUGGGGUUUAUCGCUUUGUUCUUAGGCUACGUGUUUCUGCGUUUCGGGGACCGUAAGCCGAUCUGCGACGAUCGGUCGACCGGCGGCAGCUGCGACACCGAAUCGGACCCGCUUCUCUUCCAGGCACCGGUGUCCCGCCGGGAGGAGGCCUCCUGUCUCUCUCCCUCCCUCCCUGCCAGCCCGGCCUGGCGAUGCCGCGGGGGCCGCCCGCUUCCAAGGCAGAGGAGAGGCGCCUCGGCGGGGAGGGAGGAGACGGAGCUCGAUUCUUACGGCCGAGAAGGAGCCCGACUGUGAGGGGAAUCCGAUCCGGGGGGGGGCUCCGUCGCCCCCCGGGCGGCUGCCCCUCCCCCCCCGCUCCGUGGGCCUCAGGGGCCGAAACCGGCGGCGCCCCCCCCCGGCCAUUUUUAAAGCCAGGCGAUCCCUUUAAGGCGAGGCCUUCCUUUUGUUGCGCGGCUCCCCCGCCUCCCCCCCCCCGUUUGCCGCCACGCCCCUCCCCCCACCGCCGCAUUCCUGUCACGGAGGACCCCUCCCGUCGCCAUGGCAACGACAUCCCCUCAGCGACCCCCCGCCCCCCCAGAACCGGGCUCUCUCUCUCUCUCUCCCGUAGUAGGCCUCGGGUCUUACCGGGCCCCCGCGACCACUCCUCGCUCCUUCUCUCGGCGACGCUCCGCUCUCCCCUCAGGCCAUCCCGAGGCGGCCCUGAGACCCUCCUGCGCGCGCACCGCCGGCCGUCCCCUUCGCAGCCGCCGUAGCGCCGCGCGGAGGUGGUGCGCACGCGCGGACGUGGCGCCCCGCCCUCCCACGGGGUUUCCAAGGAGACCAGCUGCCUGCCUUUCUUUCUUCCCUGCCACCCCAGCGGCUCCUCCUGAUUGGGCGCGGCAGGCGCCGCCCCUCGAGCGGGAGGACCGUCGCCGAUUGGUCGGCGAGGAGGGCGCGCGGGAAGAAGGGAAUCGCCUCAGAGCGCGGUGGGAAGGAGGCCGAGGUAACGGAGCGCGGCCGGACGCCUGGGUCCCUUUCAGUAUCCUGAGGAGGGGGUGCUCGGACGCCUGGGUCCUUUCCAGUAUCCUGAGGAGGGGGAGGGAUCCCUGGACGCCUGGGUCCUUUCCAGUAUCCUGAGGAGGGGGUGCCCGGACGCCUGGGUCCUUUCCAGUAUCCUGAGGAGGGGGUGCUCGGACGCCUGGGUCCUUUCCAGUAUCCUGAGGAGGGGGUGCUCGGACGCCUGGGUCCUUUCCAGUAUCCUGAGGAGGGGGUGCCGGACGCCUGGGUCCCUUCUAGUAUCCUGAGGAGGGGUGCUCGGACGCCUGGGUCCUUUCCAGUAUCCUGAGGAGGGGGUGCUCGGACGCCUGGGUCCUUUCCAGUAUCCUGAGGAGGGGGUGCCGGACGCCUGGGUCCUUUCCAGUAUCCUGAGGAGGGGGUGCUCGGACGCCUGGGUCCUUUCCAGUAUCCUGAGGAGGGGGAGGGAUCCCUGGACGCCUGGGUCCCUUCUAGUAUCCUGAGGAGGGGGUGCUCGGACGCCUGGGUCCCUUCCAGCCUUGGGAGGGGGAGGGAUCCCCGGAUGCCUGGGUCCCUUUCAGAACCCCUCUUCGGGGCAGGGGUCUCCUGCUUAUCUUUUUCAUGUACAGGGAUGGCUGCCACAGUGUUGUGUUUCAUGGUGGGGGGCGGGGGAAGCCCAAUGGGAACUUGAUCACGGCACCCUUGGUGGGUCCAGCUAAGAAUCCCAAAAUCUAUAUAUAAUAAUAAUUUAUUAUUUGUACCCUGCUAAUCUGGCUGGUUUUCCCCAGCCACUCUGGGCGGCUUCCAACAAAACACUAAAAUACAAUAGUCUAUUAAACAUUAAAAGCUUCCCUAAAGAGGGCUGCCUUCAGAUGUCUUCUAAAAGUCUUGCAGUUAUUUUUCUCUUUGACAUCUGGUGGGAGGGCGUUCCACAGGGAGGGCGCCACCACCGAGAAGGCCCUCUGCCUGGUUCCCUGUAACUUUGCUUCUCGCAAUGAGGGAACCACCAGAAGGCCCUCGGUGCUGGACCUCAGUGUCCGGGCAGAACAAUGGAGAUGGAGAAGCUCCUUCAGGUAUACUGGACUGAGGCUGUUUAGGGCUUUAAAGGUCAGCAACAGCACUUUGAAUUGUGCUCGGAAACGUACUGGGAACCAGUGUAGGUCUUUCAAGACUGGUAUUAUGUGGUCUCGGUGGCCACUCCCAGUCACCAGUCUAGCUGCCGCAUUCUGGAUUAGUUGUAGUUUCCGGGUCACCUUCAAAGGUAGCCCCACAUAGGACCCUUUGAAGUAGUCCAAGCGGGAGAUAACCAGAGGAUGCACCACUCUGGCCAGACAGUCUGCGGGCAGGGAGGGUCUCAGCCUGCAUACCAGAUGGAGCUGGUAGACAGCUGCCCUGGACACAGAAUUGACCUGCGCCUCCAUGGAUGGCUGUGAGUCCAAAAUGACCCCCAGGCUGCGCACUUGGUCCUUCAGGGGCACAGUUGCCCCAUUCAGGACCAGGGAGUCCUCCACAUCUGCCCGCCUCCUCUAUCACAUGUGGUGGCAGUGUAAAGAAAUCAAGUUGUUCUGGGAGGAUAUCCAUUCCGAAUUGGGAAAAAUGCAAAAAAUAUCUUUUAGCAAAAAACAGAAGCUUUACUAGGAAUCACAGAUUUGGAUAGUCCUAAAAAAGCAGAACUUUUUCUCUAUGCUACAGUUGCAGCAAGAAUACUCACUGCGACAAAUUGGAAAAGUGAUAAAGCCCCUUCUAGAUCAGAGUGGAUCCAAAAAAUGACCGAAUAUGCAGAAUUAGACCAUUUAUCAGAAAGAAUAAAAAAUAAAUCAAAGGAAGUAUUCACCACAAAACGGGAAGUCUUUAAAAUUUAUUUGAAAAAUAGUAAUGGCAGUUUGAAGUCUGUAGCAGCAUUUGAAUAACUUCAGUAGGAAUUUUAAAUCUAAUGGAAAACCUAGGAUAGAAUAAAUAACAUUAAAGCCAAAAUAUGCUAUAAUAUGGCAGUGAAUAAUGGAUGAGAAAUAGAAGUAAGGAGUAGACAGAAAGUCAGCUACAUAGGAAAAAGUCAUUUUAUGUUAAAUGCAUUGUGAGCACUAUUCAAUAUAUUGUUGUUUUUUAUUUUUUUCUGUCUUAGUUGUUAGCAGGUGAUGGAUAUUUGUUUAUCUUCAUAUUUCUUUUUUGUAUGUGGUGUAUUAAAAUGAAAUAAAAAUAUUUUUAAAAAAAAAAAUAAUCCCAAAAGAGUUAAGUUCCCUCAGAACUUCCUCUGACUUAGUUCACAUGUGAUGCAGGCAUGUGAGAGAUCUCAAUGUGUGCCAGAGCAUACUUUGGCAGAGAAGCCAUGUACGUUCUCUUUCGGAAUCUAGUGUUAUAAGAAAAAACUGCUCCUUUCCCCUUAUGGGGUACCCAAGAGCCUGUAUAGGGUCCUUAUGUAGGUUCUCUCUCUGUAGGAGAAAAUUAAAGAGGCCAACCAAAGAAUAUUGAGAAGCAAAGCAGCUAGUAAGCCCGAUCUUUAUUAAACUGUUGCUACAGGGUGCUCACACCCACCACGCAGGAGGGAGGAGGAACCCCGAACAUUGGUGCGCGCGCCGUUUUAUAGACUUUUGAAAUUUUCCACCCUGUAGCUCAAGACCCCCCAAACAUCAUACAUACAUCACACAAGGGGCAGUCUACAGCAGAAUCCUGCCUGGCAGGAAACCUGUUAAUGCAGGCACAGGCAAACUCCGUCCCUCCAGAUGUUUUGAGACUACAAUUCCCAUCAUCCCUGACCACUGGUCCUGUUAGCUAGGGAUGAUGGAAAUUGUAGUUCCAAAACAUCUGGAGGGCCUAUGCCUGUGUUUAUGGGUUUACUUGGACAGCCUGGCCAUUCUUUUGUGAUGAUAAAUACUUAAUUCCUGAGUCCAGGUCACAGGCUCACCCUAUUCAUACACCAAUGUGCCCUUAAGGCAGGAUUUGUGAGCACAGAGACAGUGGGGAGGCUUUUCCCAUUUCCAUCCAAACUGCAGAGGAAUAUUUGAGGUCAUUGAAAGAGUCAAAAUGGCUUUAGGACUGUUUUCCUGUACUGGUUCAGAUAUGUGGUUUAUAUAUUUAUGUAUGUAUUUGCCUGAUACAUUUAUGAACAUUUAUUUAUUUAUUUUUAUUAGAUCUUAUAAUUCUCUUAACAAUAGAAAGUGACAGUUAUUUAAAUAAAUAAAAACAAUGCAGCACUAUUUAUUUAUAUCCCACCCUUUUCCCCUGACUGUGACCUAAGGCGGUUUACAGCUAAGAUAAAAACAUUGGAGGGGGGAGCAAUAAUUAAAAACUAUUAAACAGAUAUACAAUUUAUUUUAUUAUUAAAUGUAUUUCUUUUUUUAUUAUUAUUAUUAUUUAUCAGAUUUAUAUGCCACCAUAUAAAUGGUCCCAGGGCAGUUCACAACAGAAAAACACAAAAUGAGAAUACAAAAUACAUAGUAAAACAAACACAUUUUAAAAGCCUUAAAUCAGCCAAACACGCCUAGUUGAAGAGGUGUUUUAAUAAGAUGUAUUAAAAACAUACAGGUAAUUACAAUAAGAACAGCACAGCACCAGCCAUUUCCUUAAAAGCCUCCAGUUCCGAAAAGCUUGUUGAAACUAGAAUGUCUUCACCUGCUGGCUGAAGGACAGUAAGAAGGGAGUCGGUCUAUCUUCUCUAAUGUCAUCCAUAUUGCUUACACUGUUUAAAUAAUAAUUAUUAUUAUUAUUAUUAUUAUUUAUGAACAAUAUUAAAUCUGAAAGUUGCAUUCUCCUAUUAUGAAUUGCCUGCUGUGUAACAUAUUCUGGACUUGCAGUGCGGCCUCCUGUCUGCUACCAACCCAGCUCUUUUGGAGGGUUCUUUUGGAACAUAUUAACCUAAAACUCCUGUCUUCUCGUGCAGUUUUUGGAAGCCUGUCUUGGGGAGCGAUGGACAGAUGUAGCAAGGUGAAACGCCUGCUGAAAAACUGGGAGGUUUUGUUUUUUCAGGAGCACCAGAGGAGACCUGGCAAGGUAUUUGGAACACUGUUGACUAGGAUGGACAUUUGAGUUAUUGCUGACAGCAUGUCUGUAGCCAUUCACAUUUCUAAAAUUAUCCUGACAAAUUUGCACCUGUUUUCUAGGCUGAUGUUGCAACGGCUCCUGAAGAGGUCAGACGUAAGUGUGACUUUUCUCCAUAGCAUAUUUGUUUUUGUGUACUGCAGUAGUGGAAGGGAUGUUAAUCAAGGGGACAGCUUUUAUUUUUGGAAUAGUUUAGAUCAGCUGGCAAGUCCCCAGAGUCACGUGUAUGCUUCCCAGUUCCCUAUGGUGGUAAGGAGCGCCUAGAACUCUAAAACCCUGUAACUCCUCCUAAUUAAAACACAAAAAUUCAACUAGCAGAAUAAUUGCCACUGCUCAUUUUAAGAACACAUUGUCUUAAGGUAGGAAGAGCUUGGUUGGUUCAGGGCAACCUCUCUAUUCCAGCACCUUUCCCCUGCAAAUGCCUCAGUGGGAAGCAUUGCAGAAGAGAAGAUAAAUGAGGUUAAACAAUAGCAUACAAACAUUAUAAAAGACAAGGUAGCAUUGCAAAUCUAAAGUAUUGAUGCAGAGCUGAGAAACCCUAAACAAAUAACAAAUACUGUUAGGGAUCUGAGGUGAGGCACCUAUGUAGCAGAAGUUACCCCCAGUUUCAUUUACCACACAGAGGCAGAUCCAAAAUAGUUUACUGCUUUAGAAGAUUAGGCUCAGUAAAACAGUUCCAGACAUUGAUAUAUAGACAUAUAGUUUGUAAGCUUUGCGGAUACGGAUAUAAAGUAUAAAGUAUUCCUGUUGCUCCAGAAAUUCAAGAUGUAGCAUAAGCUCCGACUCAUGGACAGACUGGCCCCAACACUCAGGCAAGACCCGAAACACAGACAGCGCAACACUGAGAUGAUGUGCCUUAAUCACUUAUAUAGUCAGCACUGGGUCAUUGCCAUCUAAAUAUGUUUUAUUUGUGUAGGGGUUUUCAGUGUACAAAAUGCUUUCCCAUAUACUUAAUAUGCUUUUCCAGUAGCUGUGAAAUUUAACCCCUUAUAACACAUGGAAACAUGAUUGCAGAAAGGUACUGUGGCUGGCUGGCUGCCUUAAGGAGAUUCAGGGCAACAGUCCAUCUUCAAAUCAAAUAUCUUUAAUACGGUCAAUGACCAGGAAGCAAUUUAUAAAAUAUGACAUUAAGAGUAGUAUUGUGCUACAAGUAACAGUAAAAAUAUGGCCAAUUCACAGAAUUGGUGCUUAUAUUAUGACCAGGUUUCGAGUUUUAAGUUUUUAAAAUUCAAUUCAGGAGUCGCUACUGUUUAUUAUCGUUCCUUCGAUGUUUACAGUUUGAACUCCUUUGUAGAGCAUCAUUGCUCGUCUUAUUCUUGUUGCAAUGUAACAGUACUUUGCCACGGACCUGUUAAUUUCGGGCUCUUUGUCAGCUAAGAGGUGUCUGAUAUAGGUGUCGUCUGUACUACGAGGUAUUUUCCUCAGAAUCGGUUCGAUCAGCUCUUUUCUUGAGUCUCGAUAUAAUGGGCAGUAUAAGAUGACAUGCCCAAUGGUUUCGAUUUCAUUGCUGUUACAGGGACAUAAUCUUUGUUCAAUCGGUAUUUUAUUGUAUCUUCUCUCUAGAAGAGCUGAAGGGAGAGCGUUAAAGCGGGCCCUGGAAAAUGCCCAUCGGUGUUUAGCGUUGUCUAAAACAACAGUCCAUCUUUAGAGUGUUGUCAUUCCUGAUUGGCAGCAGCUCUGUGGAGCCAUGGCCUGUCAGAUUGGGGGGGACGGGACUUUGUGCAUUGAAGCUCUCCAUCUCUUCAUCUCAGCCCCUUGCAACAUUUACUGUGGUUUCGUUCAGCUCAAGCUGCAGGCCUCAAUGCCUAACCCAGUGGGUGAAUUUCUAAACAUAUACUAUCAGAACAAGACCUCCCUACAGACGGGCUCUUCUCAAAUCAUUAUCUAUUGUAGAACCAUCACACCUGAAUAUUACUACUACCUGAGGGAGAGUGUGUAUGCUGGGUUUGAUAGACCCCAGAGUUGAUUUGGGCAGGUAAUUCCUUGUCAGCUUAGAAGUCAUUCUGAACUGCUAUUUGUGCACAGAACUGUACAAAGAGUACAAGGCACUGAAAGAAACCAAAGGACAGCAAGGCCUCCUUGGAUCUGAAGCCAUCUGCCAGAAAGAAAUUCAGGAGCUGCCAGUAACAGAACAGGUAACAAAGGAGCUUUGUGUUUUGCAGUUGUGAUCUUGUCUGUGGGCACUGACCUUGCAGGGGAAAGGCUUGAGCCCACGUUUGUUAUUAUCAGAUCAAAAACCCCUGCAGCCUGUUAACACCCCCAUCUCCAUUUUUGCCACCUACAGCCUCUAAAUGUGAACCAGAUGAUGUUUUUUGGGGGCUGAACUGUUUUCAGAAGGCAAUAAGGUGUUAGUGUGGUGUAGUGGUUAGAGGCUUGGACCACAUCUUGGGAGACCAGGGUUCAAAUUCCCACUCAGCCAUGAAGCUCACUAGGUGGCCUUGGGCCAAUCACUCACUCUCAGACUGACCUACCUCACAUGGUUGUGGGGACUAAGUUGGGAGAACUAUGAAUACCACCUUGAGCUCCUUAGAGGAAAAGUGGGAUAUAAAUGUAAUAAAAGUAUAAAUAGUUGGAGAAUGAUAGCAGUUACAUGGAAAACGAACUACAAUAUAGAUAUGUAAACUUAACUAUUAAACAUAACUCUGCACAGAGGAACGAUUUGCAAGUAAAAUUUACAAAAAUUUGUUUUGCAUGCCAUAAUGACCUUCUAAAACUUCCACCAGUAUUUUCCCACCCCCUCCCCUCGUCUCUAUUCCAAGGUACCUGAGUCAGAUUGCUGGGGUGCGCACCUGAAUCGAGGAAAUAUGGCUCCUAAACUGACCCCGCAGGAUCAAGAGACACUGCAGGCUUCUGUAAAGUAUUUUGGCAUGAAGCUGAAAUGCAACUUGGGAUCAGCUAUUAAGGUUUGUGUGAUUGGUGAGUGACUAAUUCUAGUCUUGAGCCCAGGCUGAGUGCAGGGACAGAUACAAGAUGGGUGACACCUGGCUUGAGAGCAGUACAUGUGAAAAGGAUCUAGGAGUCUUGGUUGACCACAAACUUGACAUGAGCCAACAGUGUGACGCGGCAGCUAAAAAAGCCAAUGCAAUUCUGGGCCUCAUCAAUAGGAGUAUAGCAUCUAGAUCAAGGGAAGUAAUAGUGCCACUGUAUUCUGCUCUGGUCAGACCUCACCUGGAGUACUGUGUCCAGUUCUGGGCACCACAGUUCAAGAAGGACACUGACAAGCUGGAACGUGUCCAGAGGAGGGCAAGCAAAAUGGUCAAAGGCCUGGAAACAAUGCCUUAUGAGGAACGGCUAAGGGAGCUGGGCAUGUUUAGCCUGGAGAAGAGGAGGUUAAGGGCUGAUAUGAUAGCCAUGUUCCAAUAUAUAAAAGGAUGUCACAUAGAGGAGGGAGAAAGGUUGUUUUCUGCUGCUCCAGAGAAGCGGACACGGAGCAAUGGAUCCAAACUACAAGAAAGAAGAUUCCACCUCAACAUUAGGAAGAACUUCCUGACAGUAAGAGCUGUUUGACAGUGGAAUUUGCUGCCAAGGAGUGUGGUGGAGUCUCCUUCUUUGGAGGUCUUUAAGCAGAGGCUUGACAACCAUAUGUCAGGAGUGCUCUGAUGGUGUUUCCUGCUUGGCAGGGGGUUGGACUCGAUGGCCCUUGUGGUCUCUUCCAACUCUAUGAUUCUAUGAUUCUAGGGCAGCUUCUGACGGCUGAAGAUCCUUGAAGAAACAAAAGGACUAACUCCAUUUAAUCUAUGCCUGCCAUAUGAUCUAGUCUUUGCACUUCCUUCCAUUUCAAUGAUGUCUGCAAACUUGAUGAGCACCUUGAACCAGACGAAGGGAUAAGGCUGUUUGGAAAGUCUGAGCUCAUUUCCCUUGCCUAAAUAAUUACUUAUCUGUAUAAUUUGACCUUGCAGACGCAUGAACACGCAUUUCUGAAUACUAAGUGAGAUUUUGUCCGCUCUCACUGGGUGUCUAAAGUUUUUCUCAGCCCUGGUGUUUGAUCUCCUUUAACUGGAAACCCCACGGAAGGAACCUGAGACUUGUUAUGUGGUUCAAAACUUGCUGAGGAAGAGCUAUCCAUUUAGCAAAGAUUUCCAGUAGGGGAGGGAAAGAUGUCUGUUGUGCUUAGCUUCAAAGGUUUUCUGUUCUGGUAUAAAAUAAGAGGAGAAAGUGUUGGGGGUAUAGGUAGGUUCACUUGCUGGAAACUAACUGAAUUUUACUUUUGAUCUCAGGAACGCCCUGUAACGUUAAGGAAAUCCCUUACCCCCAGGAGGAAGUCAGUCACAGCGGCGCAGAAGGACAUGCACCAAACCACCGCAAAGGCUGGGUCUCCCAAACCGCCUGAGGCUCCUUUGUUAAACAAUUGCCCAGAUCAGCUGCUUUGCCCCGAUCCCAUGGAACUUGAAACCCUCCUGCCACCUUCAUUCCCAGGGCUGAUUCCUAACAAGCUCCUUUGCUCUGACCCAAAGCCAAGGCCGCCACCUCCGCUGGAUAAGUUUCGGCGGCUGAAGCAGACACUGACCAAGCGGCUGAGUAGCCUGGAUCCUGGUUGGCUGGACAGGUGCCAAGGGGCAGAAUGGCAGGCAAGAGAGGGGCUCCCUGGAGACGGCUCUCCUAUCCCAGGCGGCGGGGCAGAUCCAGACCAGAGCUCACCAGGACACAAUUCUCAGGGGAAAGGGGGUGUUCCUCCCUACCUUGGAGAGCAGGAACAGGAGAAGUGUUGCAAUUCUCCCAGGGAAAACAGUCAAGGAGAUGCGAUGGAGAGCCAGCCCCUGGUCCAAAGUGUUGGAGAUGACUGCAAGCCCAGUGGGCAGGCUAACCAUCCUGCAGGUGAGACCCCGUGCAAAGCAGGUGCAAACGUAGCACUCUCUGAGGGCAAGGCUGAGUUUUCUGCCUUCAAGCAUAGCCGCAAACUGGAGAUUUGCACAAAGGAGGCCACUCAGGAAACCGAGAUGCAGCUUCGGGAAGGAACUUCGCCGCAGUUGAGUGGUGCUUUUUGCAAAGGGGAGGAUAGGCAGCAGAGGAGUCCUUCUAAGAGAGGAAAAGCUUCUUGCAAGAAGAGGAAACGGGAUGCUGAAGACCACGGAGAUGAUGGCAAGGACAGGUCCCACAGUGGCACCUCUGGCGUAAAGCGCAAGAGAACUAAAGAGGUAGCGGAGGGAAGCCGCUUCAAAAAACUGUGUGGUGCUAGUCAACAGCCAGGGCUCAGUGAAUACGACUUUGAUGAUCAGGACAUUGUUGAGGCACAAGACAAAAGUGGAACAGGCACCCCAGUUUGCUUUGAAAACCUCCUUGGGGAAGUCGAUGGGGAGGAGUGUCCCAGACAGAGUGAGAGAUCCAACAGUCUGGCCUGCAGGUAUGUCCAGGGAGCUUUCUGGAGCUGGCGAUUGUUGCUCCUCUUGCAUGGCCAAGGAAUAGCCUGGAGAGUUUCUGUUUAAGAGAAAAAGUGGCAUCCUCGAAAAGUACAACUUAAUCUAACAUUUUCUCCUCUGUUUCGGUAUGUGCUCAUAAAUUUGUACUAGAAAGUGAAUGGUUUAUGCAGUCCAUCUCUCCUGAUGUCCCUACCCUGAUUUUGCAUUCUACAAAUUACUGUCACUUCUUGUUGUUGUUGUUGUUUAGUCGUUUAGUCGUGUCCGACUCUUCGUGACCCCAUGGACCAGAGCACGCCAGGCACUCUUCCAUUGCCUCCCGCAGUUUGGUCAGACUCAUGUUUGUAGCUUCGAGAACACUGUCCAACCAUCUCAUCCUCUGUCGUCCCCUUCUCCUUCUGCCCUCCAUCUUUCCCAACAUCAGGGUCUUUUCCAGGGAGUCUUCUCUUCUCAUGAGGUGGCCAAAGUAUUGGAGCCUCAGCUUCACAAUCUGUCCUUCCAGUGAGCACUCAGGGCUGAUUUCCUACAGAAUGGAUGCAUUUGAUCUUCUUGCAGUCCAUGGGACUCUCAAGAGUCUCCUCCAGCACCAGAAUUCUGUCACAUAAAAUAGUCAUUUCAUGCAGUACCUUCCUACAGGGUUUCUCCGUGCUGACACCUUGCAUGGUUUUGUUUUAUUAACACUACAGUGUCAUCCUUCCUUUUCCACUUUGAGGAUGUAUUACCCUCAAAGACUUGUGUUCACCUAGCGAGAGAGAGAGAAGAGAGAUCUCAGAACCUUUUUGAGAAAUACAGUCCCUUAGGGUCUUUAGGGGCUGGUGGGAAUCAGGACUGCUUUGGUGCUUAAGUCUUUGUGCCUUUUUGCCAGUGACUGUUAAGGCCUGAGCAAGAGUACAACUAAACACGAGGCACCCUAUUUUGAACCGUUACAAUAAAGGGAUCUUAUCUCUUUCUAGACCACCACCAAAGAAGGAUGGCAACUUUGUGCGAAUCAAUCUCAAGAAUAAAUCUCACGUGAAAGGGUACGCUUUGAGAGGGAGACAGCUUCGCAAGCAGGUAAAUUGCCUCUUGACUCAGUGGUAUUUACAGCCUGUAAAAUAGAAUGAAUCGCAUCUGAGUGGAACUUCCAACUGUUGAAGUAGCCUGUUUGCUCUGGAGGGAAUUGAAUUCAAUUUUGUAUUUAGUUUUACAUGAAGAAGAAUAUUUAUGUUUAAAACAUUUUGGGAAAUGACAGCUACUCUCAACGGUUUUGCCGUUUCUUCAUUUGUUUGUGUGGGGUGGGUAGGUCUCUGCCUCAUUGCACUUCAACAUGGGUGGAGGCAGUGGCGUAGCGUGGGGGGUGCAGGGGGGGCCGGCCGCACCAGGCGCAACAUCUGGGGGGGGUGCUCGCACUCGCAGCUCUCUGCCCCUACCUGGCUCACUCCCUCUCUCUCACUGCAGUGCUGGCUGUGCGAAUCCAAUCCGAGCCGCUGGGUCGCCGCCCACUGUGGAGGGUGGGGGUGCCAGGGGUGCGGUGCGGUGCGGAGAGAGAGCGAGGGACUAUCGGGUUAGGGGGCGCAAAUUACUUGCCUUGCCCCGGGUGCUGACAACCCACACUACGCCACUGGGUGGAGGCCACAGUUGUUACAGAAUCGUAGAGUUGGAAGGUACCCCAAGGGUCAUCUAGUCCAACCCCCGGCAGUGCAGGAAUCUCAGCUAAAGCAUCUGUCAGAUGGCAAAGGUGGCUCACGAGUAACCAGGCAGGACUCCGACCUGUCUUUUACAGGUUUUAUUUAGGUACAAAAACUAUUUACAGUGCGGAACCCCAAAGUUCAUAUCUGCCUCAAUCGCUAGCAGAAUCGGGGAGUGCUUUCCUGGACCUCCCCCAACAUAAAAGCCUUGUUACGCCCAGCCUUUCCCUUCCAUCUUUGCGCUUUAGACCUCUGCGCAGGGUGGGAGACGGAAGGGGCGUGCUUCCCUCCUGGCCGGCUUGGCCAGGAGCGGUGCUGAGGCUCCCACCAGCAUCCUCUGGUCCUUUCCCCUUUUUCCCCGCUGGAGGUGGGGCUUUCUCCACCGCAGGAAGAGGAACUGCUUUGCAAGGAUUUCGGAGGUUCCCUGUAGCACAACUGCCCCUCUGCUUCCCGCCCCUGUUCUGAUGGCAGUUCCCUGACAGCAUCCAUGACAGAUGGCCAUCCUGCCUCUGCUUAAAAACCUCCAAGGAAGGAGAGCCCAACACCUCUCAUGGGCUUAUGUAUCAGUGUGUGGUUAGACAGUGAGUGGAGGUCUAAAUUUAUAGAUCUCAGUACAUGAAGGCACACCUCUUGGAGGUAAGAGAUCACUAAAGCUGUGUGUGCUCCUGCAGCCUCUCACUCCUCCUGGUGGGCUGAGCUCUUCUGCCCCCUUUUCAUUUCACUCCUCCUCGACUUGGGUGAUGGGUGGGUGUGGCUCCAGCUCCUGAAAGGUGGCUGUUGAUCCCUUCCCUUCAGGGCAGAUGGAGCUAUUCCCAGACUUCAGUGGCACCAGGGCUUGUGUGUCAGGGCAGGGCUUUGUGUGUCAGCCUAGGACCCUCGUACCUACUGGACCGCCUUUCCCGGUAUGCCCCGAGGAGGACCUUAAGGUCCCUAAAUAACAACACCCUAGAGCAGGCGUGUCAAACUCAAAUUCAUCGGGGGCCGCAUCAGCAGUUUGGUCACCCUCAAAGGGCCGGUUGUAUCUGUAGGACUUACAGUACAGGAGAGAAGGGUUCAGGCAGCCGUUGGAUCUGUCACAUCACAGGAUGGCAUGCGCUCAAUAUAAAAACAAGUGGAGGUUUCCUGAAUGCAUGUAAAGUGGAGGUUUCCUGUGUAGAACGGCCGGCGCCGCUAGAGGGCAGACGUUCUCUGGCUUGUAGGCUGCCGCGCAUGCGCUGAAGAGGCGGCUUUCUUGUGUCAAAAAAAAAAAAGCGAGAAUAAAAGGUGAAGGCUAGCGGCCAGCGGCGGCUACACGGGCCACAUGACGAGGUCUGGCGGGCCGGAUUCGGCCCGCGGGCCUUGUGUUUGACACCCGUGCCCUAGAGGUCCCGGGCCCUAAGGAAGUCAGAUUAGCCUCAACCAGAGCCAGGGCCUUUUCAACACUGGCCCCAGCCUGGUGGAACGCUCUGUCUCAUGAGACCAGGGCCCUGCAGGAUCUGAUUUCUUUCCGCAGGGCCUGUGAGACAGAGUUGUUCUGCCUGGCCUUUGGCUUGGAGUCAAUUUGAUUCUCUCCCCCUCUUUCUUUUUUCCUUUCUACUCCUGUGAUGAGGCUGCAUUUUAAUGUUUUAAUGUUGUAUUUUAAUCUUGUUUUUAAGUUGUAUUCAUUCAACUUGUUUUUAUUAUUGGUUGUUAGCCGCCUGAGCCCGGCCUUGGCUGGGGAGGGCGGGGUAUAAAUAAAAUUAAUUAUUAUUAUUAUUAUUUGCCAAGCUCAGAAAGCCCAUCAGAGAGGGGAUGAGCUCAUGACUUCCACCACAGGAUAACUGGGGUGGGAGAACACUUUGGGGCACCCUCCUGCCAAAUAUUUGCUGACAGAUUCCCCCACAAGCGGCUGGAGCCAUCAUCUGGGUCCUCGGCCAGCCCAUGACUCACACAGCCUGAUCACAACCUCCUGUAGUGAUGCAAGAGAGGCAUCCAUUGACUUAGCCUGCGUCUUUUUGGUGUCUUGACAGGUAUGGAAGCAGAAGUGGCAGAAAAAGGGGGAACAGUUUGGAGGAGGUGGCAGGCGCUUGGACCGAGGCUCUGACACCUGCUUCCGGUGUGGAGGACUUGGUCACUGGGCUUCCCAGUGCAAGGGGAGAGGUAAGGCCCCCUGGCUGUCAUGGCCGGAUAGACCAGGUACUGGCAUGCUUUGCAUUAAGAGAACAGAAGACCUGUCGAGUUUGUUUUGGAUGGCUACAAAGACUCUCACAAAAAAGGAGAAGGAAUCAGUUGCAGAGUUUGCACAACUUCCUGCAAUGUCUACAAGUCCUCACUGCCCUUUUAUUAGGAAAGCUGCCAGCAGAGUCUUGAUCGGGCUGUCGAGCACAAAGACAAGUAAAAAUUCCUCGUUGUAAACCAGUUGACCACUUUGUUGGGUUGACUCCAUAAGAUGUUUUUUAUUAUUAAUCCUCAGGUGAUUUUAGGUAUGUUUUAUCAGCUCUGGCCAUUCCUUCGGUUUGGUUUGGAUUUUUAAAUUGACUGGAAACCCACCCCGAGACUGUGAGAUGAAGGCUGGGAUAGAUAAAACCAAUCAAUCAAUAAUUGCCUUAUUUGGAAAAUGCUUUUUCACUGACCUUUUCAUAAGGCCAUGAAGGCUCCCUGAAUUGUCCUGUGACAUUGGAAUGCUUUCUGAGGAAGACACUAUUUCUGGCCAUAGGAUUAGCACAUCUAGCAGAUAAUGACUGAAUUUGUACAUUAAUAUUAAACUCAAGGUUUAGUUUUGCAUGUGUGAGCCUCAGGUUCUUCCCCAUCCUCCACCUCAGCUGCAAGAUGGAGCUUGGGAAUUUUUGCUUCAGUUGUCAGCUAACCUUGGCUGCUAGUGAUGUGUGGCUGGCGGUCUCUCAUUAGUGGCAUGUGAUUGUUUAGUUAACCCAGCCAACUUCAAACUGUGGGUAGUAUUCUUAGCUAUGGUUCUAGUGAAACAGGCCAACACUUGCCACAGUUCCUGGUUGGGGCAUAAUAAGUCAGGCAUCCCCAAACUCGGCCCUCCAGAUGUUUUGGGACUACAACUCCCAUCAUCCCUAGCUAACAGGACCAGUGGUCAGGGGUGAUGGGAAUUGUAGUCCCAAAACAUCUGGAGGCCCAAGUUUGGCCAUGCCUGUAAUAAGUCAUUGUGCUUAGUUGAACGAGGAAGCUGAAACUUCUGGUCAUCUUCCUGCAACUGCACCAAAGCCCAGGGCAACCUGGGCCAUAGGCCAGUCCCUGGCCAUCUUUGCAGAAGGAGGAGGAACCCAGUAGGCUGCCUUAGACCAGUACACUCAGUAUUGCCCAUACGUUGACUGGCAGCAUCUCUUUAAGGUUUCAGGUGGGAGUCUUUCCCUGAGCUAUUGGAGAUGCCAGGGUUUGAACCUUUUGCUUGUAAAGCAAGGUGGGCUGGACUUUUUUUUGGCCCACGGGCCUCUUUUACCCUUUGUCAAUAUUUCAGGGGCCAUAUCCUGAAAUGGCCACUCCAUGUUCUUGCAUGAAAACACAGGAACACAACCCCCUCCACCCGACUGAACUGUGCAAAUGGGGUGAGGGGGGCUGGCAUUGUCUGUCUUCCCUUGUCAAAUAAUCAAACUGAUCAAUAGGGAAAAGGUGAUUUGCAUCUGCACCAGUGUGCUGGGCUGUGCCUACCCCACUGCUACCAGAAUUUGUGGUCUUGGUGGCGCUGUGGGUUAAACCACUGAGCCUAGGGCUUGCCAAUCAGAAGGUCGGCGGUUUGAAUCCCCACAAUGGGGUGAGCUCCUGUUGCUCGGUCCCUGCUCCUGCCAACCUAGCAGUUCGAAAGCACACCAGUGCAAGUAGAUAAAUAGGUACCGCUCUGGCGGGAAGGUAAACGGCAUUUCUGUGCGCUGCUCUGGUUCACCAUAAGCGGCUUAGUCAUGCUGGCCACAUGACCUGGAAGCUGUACGCUGGCUCUCUCAGCCAGUAAAGCGAGAUGAGCGCCGCAACCCCAGAGUCGAUCACGACUGGACCUAAUGGUCAGGGGUCCCUUUACCUUUUAUGGUCAAAGCAAUUGCUGUUUGGGGGGGCACAGCAGGCCCCUGAACUAGGGUUUACCACCCCUGAUGUAAAGCACAUGCUCUACUCCUGAGCUACAGCCUUUUCCCAAAGGGGAAGGCAUUUUCCUUCCAUUAUUUUGAUUGCUCCAAAGCAGCAUUUCUUCUUCCUUUAGCUGCUACUGAGCAGCUCUCUGCUGCGGACCCCCAACUGAAGGGAGAUGGCUCUGCUGCCGAAGAGGAGGUGCCACUGCUGACUUUGGAGGAAGUGGCUCAGAUGACCAACACAGCCUACAGCAAGAUCUCAGGUGAGAGCCAAAGGCUGCAUCUGUAGCACCCUCCAGUCUGAUGCUAUGUGGUCUCAGAUCAGGAAGAACUUGUCACAGGUCAGUUCCCGCUGUUCUAUCAGGGGAUUUUUCUGAAGGCAGAUACAAGUACCAUGAUGAAGAAAUAAUCUGUGGCUUUCCUUGCAGCUGGUAUAGAGGCUGCAGCUGGUGCAAAGACACUACGGUCCAGCUGGUAUAUUAAUGAAUAAUAAAGAUAAUAAUAUUCAUAACUUGUUGUUCGUCCCCCUCCUUCUUUGCCAGCAAAAAGUGAGAGCAGCCAAGGAGGCCUGAAGCAGCUUGCUCAGGAGGAAGAGGUUCACCUGUGUGUGCAGAGGCCCGUGUUCGAACUUCUCCCACCACCUCCGCCAACAGAACCUCUCUACAAACUGGGGCAGGACGGGAAAGUCAGAGGUAAGUUUCCAAAGGGUGCCUCUGCUGCCCCCUGAAGGCUGGUUGUCACCAGCCUCCAUGCAGUGGUGAGGCAGAACUUACUGCAGAACGUGGUGCAGAAUUUGUGCAUCAGAUCCCCAGUUAAUGGCCCCAGUUAACAGUCGGUGUGAGGUUUUCCUAAAGUGCUUCUUGCCAGCUUUGUGAACAUGUUUCACUCUCACUGAUAAGGGGUUUUGCAGAAUUUCUACCUAAGUCUCUUUCUCCUGAUGCUUCUAUGAGUGUGGAGUUGUUGCUGUGGAGGGGACGACAGGUCUUGCCCCUUUCUUGACUGGAUCUCUGUUCCGUGUCUUAUGCAGAGACCCCACCAGAAGUGUUGGAAGCACUGGCUGAGUUGGGUUAUGCCACCUUCCGGCCAGGACAGGAAACAGCCAUUAUGCGGAUACUCUCAGGUGAGAAGGGUUGUUUGCAGGAAACUUCCUCAUCUUGCAGGAAAUGCAGAGUGAAAAAAAAGGAUGCAGUUCACUUGCAUGUGCAGCCAAGCAAUUGUUGCUGGUGACCAGAUGUGGUCUUGCUGCAUCCUUUACUAACCCUGUGGCCUCCAGAUGUUUUGAACUACAGUAUGGCUGUGCCGACUAGGCUGAUGGCAGUUAUAGUCCAAGAGACCAGGAGGGCACUAGGCGGGGGAAGACUGUUGCUAGAUGCAACUUCCAAGGAAUGACCAAGCAACACUGAAGGGCUGAAUUUAUAUAGGAGCUGGUUGAUAUGGAGAGAAGUGUUGCAGCAACGGUACCAGCUGCUUAAGGGGUUAUGCAUUAAUGUUAGCACCUUGAAUUGAGUCCAAUAACAUGGAGUCAUCAAAUUGUAUGACUUCCCCUGCAUGCAAAGAUAGGCUCCAGUGGAUUGAGUGGAUGAGACCGAGAGCGGCUCCAACAGUCAAGAAGGCAGUUCCUGCUCAUGCUGUAGAGAUGAGUGAGGGGCAGAUAGGACUCAUCAACCUAGGAAGGUAGCCCAUUUAGGAGAAGGGAAACUGAUCCUGAACAUCCGCUGCCUUGCGGGAUAUCUUCAGGAGAAGAAAAGGCUAAAGACUAAACCCUUCACAAAUGCGGAGCUGAGUCCCUAAGGCAGUUGGAUAAUGUCUUGUACUCCUCCUUCUGGCAACUCCUGCAGCCCAGCUGGUUCUAAAUGUCUUGCUUUGCUUUCCUUUGGACCCCAUCAAUGAGUCCGAGAGGGGGGUCUUGUCGUCUGGGCAGCCCAGGACCUCCAGACACACAGCCCAGGCUUGUGCACCGAGGUGGUUUGACUUCAUCCCCAUACGCACAGUCCAUUGUCACUUGAACAGAUGGAUGCCAACAGCAAUAUAAUUUUAUACUUGGAAGGGACUCAAAGGAUCAUCUGGUCCAAGCCCCUGCAGUGCAGGAAUCACUGCUAUAGGCAGCCCGUGCAGAUUGCUGCUGCUGCUCUUAAUUCUGCCACUUCUCUAGGGCUCUCUACGCUGGUGGUCCUGUCCACAGGAAUGGGGAAAUCUCUCUGUUACCAGCUCCCUGCGUACCUGUACAGCAAGAGGUCCAAAUGCAUCACCUUGGUGAUCUCACCAUUGGUAUCGCUGAUGGAUGACCAAGUAAGUUUGCUGGUGCUUUUGGAUUUGGAGGCUGGUGUCAUUUCCUUGCUUGUGGUCCAGGGAUUUGGGGGGGGGGGGGAGCUCUCCAAGCUCUAGUAGAGCCAGUGUGGUGUAGUGGUUAAGAGCGGUAGACUCGUAAUCUGGUGAACUGGGUUCGCGUCUCCGCUUCUCCACAUGCAGCUGCUGGGUCACCUUGGGUCAGUCACACUUCUCUGAGGUCUCUCAGCCCCACUCACCUCACAGAGUGUUUGUAGUGGGGGAGGAAGGGAAAGGAGAUUGUUAGCCACUUGGAGACUCCUUUGGGUAGUGAUAAAGCGGGAUAUCAAAUCCAAAAUCAAAUCCAAACUCUUCUGUAGAUUUAGGAACACAGGGAACCUGCCUUAUAUCCAAAGCAGACCAUAGGUCCAUCUAGCCGAUUUCCGUACACCCAUGUACAGCCCAAGUCUUCAGCGCCUGCAUGGGCUGGGUGUCGGGAGACCUUCUCCGACCUUCCGAUCACAGGAACGCAGGAACAGCAGCACAGCAUUCCCGAGGAAUAGGUCCUGGUGCAGUGGACCCACAUUUGCUGAUGUGAGCACCUCAAAAGCAGCAGAGGGACGGAAGCAAAGCUGUGGAGGUUUCGUUGCAUACCUAAUUUAUUUCUACUGAUUAAACAAAUGAAAGAACAUAACAAACAUGUACGAGAGAUACAGCGAUCUCAUACUGCCACCUCGUCUCUAGACAGAGCAAAGAAAACCCAACACAGUACUAGGGACAGAAGUCUGGAAGAGUCAUUCUGCCCCCUCCUUUCUCACAGACAGAAAGUAAAACAAACAUGAUCUGGUGAUCCUUGCAAUGAGAGGGAUGAAAAUACUGACAUCCCAGGGUUGUCUUCAAAGACUGGCAGUGGCUCUCCUGGUUUAUAGCCCUCCCUGGGGCCUUCUGCAUUCAACCUCCACCAUCCAGACCUUAGCAGUGUGCUUCUGGUCUUCUGCUGUGAUUGCUUUGAACUGUGACAGCGGAGGAGCAAGGCCUCAGCUGGACACGCGGGCAGCUCUUGUCUAUUUUCAAUAGAGGACAUUGAACAAACCAAUUUUUGACACAAACCUGCUUUUCAAGUCUUUAUUAUUAUUAUUAUUAUUUAAUGAAUUUAUAUACUGCCUUAUACCUGGAGGUCUCCGGGUGGUUCACAGAACAAAAUCAAAAUAUAAAGCCACAAAGUAUAUAAUCAAAAUAAAAACAAUAACUCAAUUUCAAUAAAGUAACUUUUCUUGGUCAAUUUUUAGAAGUCGUAAUGGCAGGUAGCAGAGCUGGGAAAGACUCUCUAUCUGAGUUGCUGCCCGUGAGAGGAGGUAAUGCAGUCAUACCUCGGGUUGAAGUAGCUUUGGGUUAAGCAUUUUUGGGUUGCGCUCCGCGGCGACCUGGAAGUAAUGGAGCACGUUACUUCCAGGUUUUGCUGCAUGUGCAGAUGCUCAAAAUGACGUCACGCACAUGCGCAGAAGCGGUGAAUCGCAACCCGCGCACGCAGGUUGCAUUUGCUUCAGGAUGCGAACAGGGCUCCGGAACGGCUCCCAUUCACAUCCAGAGGUACCACUGUAUUCAGGUAGAUGGACUCUCUGGCCUGGAGUUCACAUGCAGCGGUAUAUCUGUAAGAACAAAUGUCGAGUUCAGCUUCUAAGAAUAGAAUUUUGAAUUAUUUGCAAGCAGGUUCCCUUGAAAAGGUUUCCAACUCCACUCUAACUCAAUCCUGGUUAUUAAGCAAUAAAUUAGAUCCCCUCCCUGCAAAUCAUUUCUCUCCCCCAACAAGUUUUUGGAUGGCAUGACCCUAGCAUCAGGGAAUGAACAUAUUUCACCCCCUAGGGGGAAGUUACAGAGGAGGGACAGCUUGCAAGGAGGUGGCUCUGGGAGCCUCAGUGUGGCUGGAGGGGAUCCCCAUCUCUUUUGACUGUUCUGUGUCCACCAUUGGUUCUUCCUUCAGUGACACACAUUUUGUGCUUCCUUUGCAGGUCUCUGGCCUUCCCCAGUGCCUGAAAGCCGUCUGCAUACACUCGAACAUGUCCAAGACCCAGAGAGAGGCUGCUAUGGACAGGGUGAGGCGACUGAUGUAGAGGCUACGUAAUCCUUGAUGUACCGUAUUUUUCGCACCAUAGGGCGCACCGGACCAUAGGGCGCACCCAGUUUUUAGGGGGGGAAAUCAAGAAAAAAAAAUAUUCCCCCCCCCCAGCCCCAAAGAGCAGCGUACAGGCUGCACACAACCUCUCCCUGCCAGAGGGGUUGCGCGCAGCUAUGGAACAAGCCAAGGCAGCGAGCGGGAUGGAUCCCGCUCGCUGUUUUGGCUUCCCCUUUAGCCCCGUGCAGCCUCUACCUCCUGGGAGAGGCUGCGUGGGGCUAAAGAAUCCAUAGCCCCAUGCAGCCUCUCCUUGCCGGGAGACGCUGCGCAGGGCUGAAGAAGCCAUAGCCCCGUGCAGCCUCUCCGUGCGGAGGGGUUGCGCGCAGCUAUGGAAGAAGGCAAGGCAGCGAGUGGGAUGGAUCCCGCUCGCUGUUUUGGCUUCCCCUUUAGCCCCAUGCAGCCUCUCCUUGCCGGGAGACGCUGCGCAGGGCUAAAGAAGCCAUAGCCCCGUGCAGCCUCUCCCUGCCGGAGGGGUUGCGCGCGGCUAUGGCACAAGCCUGCAUUCGCUCCAUAGGACGCACACACAUUUCCCCUCAAUUUUUGGAGGGGAAAAACUGCGUCCAAUAGAGCGAAAAAUACGGUAACUGCAAAAUUCUAGGGUGUCCUGGGCUCCUUCCAGCCUCCGGUUUGCAACUUGUAAAUAGUAAUAAAUUUGUAUCAUGCUGUCAAAUGCUCAAAGCACAACAUGCCUUUAAAAAAAAAUAAAUAAAUUUUAUUUAACAUAAUUAUUACAAAAUACAAGCAAAAUACAUACAAAUACAUACAUAUAUUUUUCAGAUAAGCACACAUAUAUAAAAAAACAAAAAAGAGAAAGGAAAGAGGGGGGAAGAAAAAGAAAAAUUGGAAGAAUUUCUUCCAAAUUUAUUCUACAAAUAUCUCAAUAAUAAAAUUUCAUUGAUUGACUUCCAUCGCUUACCCUGCACUUCCUAUAUACAUUUUAAGCAAAUUUCUAUCUGUUAUUCUGUAUUUUUCCCAUACAAUCUCAUACAAAUAUUCUAAUCAAUACCUGUAGUCUUUACAACAACCCUGUGGGGCAAGUCAGCAUUGUAAGACUUUUUGAAUUAUUUUAAAAGAAAUGUUAAAAUUGGAAAUGAUGGCUCACGACUUGCCGGCUUUCCAUGCUUGCAGGUCAAGGCCAGGAAGGUUCAUGUGCUCCUUCUGUCCCCCGAGGCCUUGGUUGGGGGAGGCGCCUCGGCCUCCAGUUGCCUCCCACCAGCAGAUCAGCUGCCCCCAGUAGCUUUUGCCUGCAUCGAUGAAGCACACUGCGUCUCAGAGUGGUCCCACAAUUUCCGCCCUUGUUACCUGCGCCUCUGUAAGGUAUGGAAUCUGUGUGCACAGAAGCAAGAUGCGACACAGGUGUGUGCAUGAGGAACACCUGCAAGCAGCAGAGCCUGGCUAGGUAACACCUUCUCUCCGGCAGGUUCUUCGGGACCGCUUGGGCGUGCGCUGCUUCUUGGGCCUCACAGCCACCGCCACCCUCUCCACUGCGCGGGAUGUGGCUCAUCACUUGGGCAUCACAGAGGCCAAGGGGAUUGCUGUGCGUUCUGCUGCUGUCCCUCCAAACUUACAUCUCUCUGUCUCUGCAGACAGAGACAAGGACCAGGUGAGUCUGGGGCCCGACUUGCUGCCUUUCACUACUGUGUGGGAGAGGCUCCAUCUUCAGAAGUCUUUCUGGUUGCUGAUUUCCAACUGUAUGUUGUGGAGUCUGGGGAGUGUUGUAAACAAAAUCUGCCCUUUUUCCCUUAUGGGGUAUCCAAGAGCCCAUAUAGAGUCUUUACGUAAGUUCCCUAUCGGUAGGAGAAAAUAACAGAGGCCAACCAGAGAAUGUUGUUGUUGUUUAGUCGUUUAGUUGUGCCUGACUCUUUGUGACCCCAUGGACCAGAGCACGCCAGGCACUCCUGUCUUCCACUGCCUCCCUCAGUUUGGUCAAACUCAUGCUGGUAGCUUCAAGAACACUGUCCAACCAUCUCAUCCUCUGUUGUCCCCUUCUCCUUGUGCCCUCCAUCUUUCCCAACAUCAGGGUCUUUUCCAGGCAGUCUUCUCUUCUCAUGAGGUGGCCAAAGUCUUGGAGCCUCAGCUUCAGGAUCUGUCCUUCCAGAAUGGAGAGGUUUGAGCUUCUUGCAGUCCAUGGGACUCUCAAGAGUCUCCUCCAGCACCAUAAUUCAAAAGCAUCCAUUCUUCGGCGAUCAGCCUUCUUUAUGGUCCAGCUCUCACUUCCAUACAUCACUACUGGGAAAACCAUAGCUUGAACUAUACGGACCUUUGUUGGCAAGGUGAUGCCUCUGCUUUCUUUUCUUUCCUUUUUUUUUUUUAAAAGCAGAGACAACCAGAGAAUAUUGAGAAGCAAAGCAGUUAGUAAGCCUUAUCUUCAUUGAUCUGUUGCAACAGGGUCCUCACUCACCACAAUGCAGGAGGGAGGAGGAACCCAGAACAAUGGCGCGCAAGGCCUUAUAUAGACUUUUGAAAUUGCCACCCUGUAGAUCAAGACCCCCAGACACAUCAUACCUACAUCACAGAAAAGGCGGUCUAAAACAGAAAUUUGAAUGUUGUUUUUCUCCUGUCGUUGUUUAUCUCCUGUCUGGCAGGUUACUUGAUUGGAUACCCUGCUUACUUGAUUGGAUUGCCCGGAGAGCCUGGCCAGUCUUUUGUAAUGAUCAAUACUUAGUUCCUGGGCCAGGUCACAGGCUCACACCCUAUUCAUAUCUUAAAUGUGCCCUUAAGACAGGAUUUGUGAAGGGAAAAGACAAUGGGGAGGUUUCCCACUUUGACCUUGCAGAGAAAUCAUUUGCUCAGUUUGGGAAUCAAAAUGGUUUCAGGUCAGUCUUCCUGUGCUGAUCUAUGUACGUGCUUGGUUGGUACACUUAUGAACAUUUAACAUAUACCUAAGAUCUCAAAAUUCCUAUCACAUCCCUCGUCUCUCCGGUGAUGGUCUUUUGGCAUUCCCUUCUUCCACACUGAACAACGCACGUCGCUUUCCCUUGAGCAUCUAGGGAGGCAGUCCUGUACCUCAAAGUUGCCAACUUUGUUCUGAUUCCAGGCCCUGGUGAACUUGCUGCAAGGGGAGAGGUUUGGGAGCCUAGACUCGGUCAUAGUUUACUGCACACGCCGCGAGGAGACGGCCCGGAUCGCAGCCCUUAUCCGCACGUGCCUCCAGGGCGUGAAGCUCAGAGAACCCCCCAGUGCUGAGGAGCAGGUGGAGAACAGCAGCAGCAGCAGCCUUGCUAGCAAGAGGAAGAAAGCAAAAGGUGGUGGUCACUGGCUUGGCUGGUUGUUGGGAGAGGCAGGCUGGGAAAUGGUGGGCUCAGAAAACAGGAGAGCUGGUGGUUUUUUCCUUUCAGUUCUCAGGCCAAAUUGAAAAUGCAUUUAUUUAUAGCCGGCUCCAUUCCAGAGGCCUGAAGUGUGUCAUAAUAAUUUUUUUAAACCUGUAAAAAUAUAACUAAAAUUACUGGGAACCACCUAAAUUCCAGCUACACAGUGGCUACCUUGCACUUAACCCCAAGCUUCAGAGUCAACCAAAAAGAAAAACAGUGUAGCAUGUCCCAAGGAGAUACUCAGGCACACACUGAGAAACUGAAAUAUCCAUGCACCCCAGGAAUCCUUGCAAUGUGGCAGAGAACUCAGGGAUGCUCUCUCAGGUUACUCACACUAGCAGCCUUUAACAGCAGCACAACCUGCAGAAAUUAAACAGGGCAACUUCAUGUUCCGCCAGGCCUUUGGUCAGGGCUCAGCCUGACUCCCCUUUUGUUUUUGUAUAAGAACUCCUAUGAAAGAGGCCUCCCGGCAUUCUCACAGGCCUAAAUGAGUACCUAAAUGAGUGCCUAAAUGAAUAUCUCAAAAGUCAAGGUUUGAGGACAGAAAUCUGGCUGAGUCUGGAAUAACCUUGUGAAGUGAAAGGAUAAGAAAGAGGGAUUUAUAUCCAGAUGUUAGGAUAGAGAUGAUAAGGAAAACAGGAAGACACAAUGAGAGGUAAAGGAGGUCUGUGGGAUUGGUGGAAGUCAAUGUCUUGUUGUUUUAGUGUUUAUAGUAUUAACUUGUAAGAUAUGGAUUUGGUUUUUUUGGUUGUUGUUUUUUAGUUGUUGCUUUCUUUAGUUUUCAAAUGUUGGUUUUUGUGUGUUGUGUAUUGUUAUUUUUUGAUAUUUUUCGUGUUGUUGUUGUGUGGAAAAUACUAAUAAAAUUUAUUUAUUAAAAAUAAAAAUUAAAAAAAUAUAUGAAAAAGGCCUCCCAGCAUUCUCACAGGCCCAUAUAAAAUCACCGUAAACAGUUGGGCCCAUGAGCACUUACUGACCCCAACCCUAACCCUGCGGAAAGCCAUCUAAUUAGACUUUGAUUUGAUUUUGACCUGUUUUUAGGAGGUAAUUUAAUUAUUGUUUGAUUUUCUACGAAUGUUAUAUAUUUGAUGUUAGCUGCCCUAAGCCCAUCUUCGGCCGGGGAGGGCGGGAUAGAAAAAAAAGUUUAUUAUUAUGUUAUUAAAAAAUAAAAUAAAAAUUUGUGCUGCCAUCGGGAGCUGCAUCCGUUGGAUUUCUCCAGAAAGAAGCUGCAGUUCCCAGUGCUGGAGAGCAGUUCUUGCUGGGGCGGGCGGGGUAUAAAUAAAAAUAUUAUUAUUUUUAUUAUUAUUUAUUAUUCUGCACCGAAAGCCUCAGAGCCCUGUCAAGUGAGCCUUGCUCCUGUUCACUCUCUUUUUAAUCCCAUUUCCUCGUAGCCAAAAAGAGCAUCCGCCGCCCCCUGAAGUGGAUUGCCGAAGCCUACCACGCCGGCAUGUCUGCCGCUGAGCGCCGCCGGGUGCAGAACAACUUCAUGUCCGGACAGCUGCGGGUGGUGGUGGCCACGGUGGCCUUUGGCAUGGGGCUGGACAAGUCCGACGUGCGGGGCGUGGUGCACUACAACAUGCCCAAGAACUUUGAGAGCUACGUGCAGGAGAUUGGGAGGGCGGGCAGAGAUGGCAAACCAGCCCAAUGCCACCUCUUCCUGCACCCAGAGGUAAGGCCUGCUGGACUCUGCUCGGGUUGUGUCAUGGGUUUGUUGAGCCCUUCGCAAUAAAUCCCUCUGCUCAGUCAGAGAUAUACCGUAUUUUUCGCUCCAUAAGAUGCACUUUUUUCUUCCUAAAAAGUAAGGGGAAAUAUCUGAGCGUCUUAUGGAGCGAACGUGUGGUCCCUGGAGCCAAAUUCACCAUCAGAUCACAUAGCAUGUCCAUGGCUACAGCCUGCACCAAAAAAAUCACGCAUCCACUGUUUCAUGGGGCUGCAAUGGCGCAAAAAUAUGGUUACAAAGCACGGAUCCACAUGGAUCCUCAGGAUUUUUGCAUUGGGUCACCCCGAAUUCACCGUCAAAUCACAUGUCAUGUCUGUGGCCACAGCAUGAACCACAAAAAUCACACCUCCACUGUUUCGUUCAGAAUAUUUGUUUUCUUGUUUUCCUUCUCUAAGAACUAGGUGCGUCUUAUGGACAGAUGCAUCUUAUGGAGCAAACAAUACAGUAUUUACAGUUUUUAUUGUACAUUAUUUACAAGGUACAGAGCAUCGCUUCAAGCAUCUGAAUCAUCCAUAGCAGAUCCCGGGAGUGGGAACUUCUUGCUCCUCCUCCAGCAAAUCAGCUUGGGCAAUCCCAAACGCCUCCGUUGUUCCCGGCGUUGUAAUCCCCUCCUGUCCUGAGCUGGCGGAACAGGUCUUCCCUCCUCUCCCUCCGUGCCUGAGCUGGUAGAGAUGUGUCGAUGCUCGUUAAAACCGGGAGCCUUCCCCCUUGCUCUCCACCCUCUUCCAGUGCUGCCUCUUCUACCAGCCCGUCUCUCUCCCCCUCUUUCGACUCUGGAGCCUUCCCUGCCAGCUCCGUAACAGGUUGAUCCUUGUGGGAGUUCCUGCCUGGUGGCAGCAGCUCCUGCAGUCUGUCUCCUUUCCCCCUGCUCCUACAAAGUCACACGGCUGGCCUUCUCUCUCCCUAGGGUGAGGAUUUGCACGAGCUGAGACGGCACAUCUACGCUGACACGGUUGACUUCUUCACUGUGAAGAGGCUCGUACAGAAGGUUUUCCCUUCCUGCAAGUGCCGGGAGCUGCAUGAGAAACAGCAGGAGCUCAGCAAGGUCAGGAGAGAGAGUGGAGAGGAGAACAGAGAUCUCUUGGGGUGGCGUUGCUCUCCCUGUUAGCCUGCAGGGUCAAAAGUGGUGGUCGCCACCGCCGCUUCUUCAUUUGCAGUAUCUAUUGCCCACUGUUUGAAUGUUUUCAAUCCCAGAGCAGGGCACAAAGCAAUAAAAGUAAGUAGUGGAAAACAAUAUACAAAAACUACAAACUCAUAUAAAGAGGAUCAAUAAACAACUCAGUUCUGUCAUAGGGUAAACAAGCAAAAUUGCAACACCAGAAGUUAACAUUUCCUCUUUAAUGAAGUGCAGGCCUCAAGGCCAGGUAAAGGUAAAGGGACCCCGACCAUUAGGUCCAUUCACAGACGACUCUGGGGUUGCAGUGCUCAUCUCGCUUUAUUGGCCGAGGGAGCUGGCAUACAGCUUCCGGGUCAUGUGGCCAGCAUGACUAAGCCGCUUCUGGUAAACCAGAGCAGCGUACGGAAAUGCCGUUUAGCUUCCUGCCAGAGUGGUACCUAUUUAUGUACUUGCACUUUGACAUGCUUUCGAACUGCUAGGUUGGCAGGAGCAGGGACCAAGCUACGGGAGCUCACCCCGUUGCAGGGAUUCGAACCGCUGACCUUCUGAUCGGCAAGCCCUAGGCUCUGUGGUUUAAUCCACAGCGCCACCUGCAAGGUCAGGUAGUGACGUGCAAAUAGGUUUGCUGGCUUCCCUCAUCUCUUUUUACCAGCUAGCACAGACUGCAUUCAGGGUCCUCCAAGGUCUUGUGAAUAUACUAGCCGAUUCUGGGACUGUGGCUGUGUAAAGAGCGCUCUAACAUCCCUGCAUUGCUGACUCCUAGCCUUUCCCCCCAAGGCACCCUGAAAAACUGCUUCUCUGGGCCUGCAAAGCGCAGCCCACAUAACCAUCUAGCUCUAAAUCUCCUGUGGACCCAUUCAGAACAGGGUCAUAGAACUGUAGAGUCGGAAGGAGUGCAAGGGGUCAUCUGGUCCAACCCCCUGCAAAAGUGAGGGUGCUGUUGCUGCUACCUAUCAGUGCAAUGCCCGCAUAUGUGGUAGGUGGAUCUGGCUGAGUCAACCAUGUUUUGGAUCUGCUAGCCUGGUCCCCAUAGGCUAACUCUGUUUGUUUAUAUUGCUGUUCUACAAGGAUAUCUUAUCAGCAUUUUUCUGUGCUGCUUUAAAGAUGUGCCUUUGUAAAGAUGUGCCUUUGUAAAAUGGUAUUUUUGUACUUAUUUCUGAUGUUUUUAUGAUGCUGCAAACCACUCGGAGGUGGUUUCUUCCAAGUAUGGUUGGGUACAUAACUUACCUAGAAAAAUGAAUGGCUCUCAUGACUAGGAGGGUCAGUAGAGUCCCUGAGGUUCUUUCUUUCUUUUUUUAAUAAUAUAAAUUUUAUUAGUAUUUUCCACACAACAACAACACAAAAAAUAUCGAAACAUAACAAUACACAAAAACCAACAUUAAAAAAAACAACAAAUCCAUAUCUUACAAGUUACUAAUAUAAACACUAAAAAGAAAAACAUUGACUUCACCAAUCCCACAGCACCUCCUUUAUCUCUCAUUGUGUCUUCCUGUUUUCCUUAUCAUCUCUAUCCUAUCUAGAUAUAAAUCCCUCUUUCUUAUCCUUUCGCUUCACAAGGUUAUUCCAGACUCAGCCAGAUUUCUGUCCUCGAACCUUGACUUUUGAGGUAUUCAUUUAGGCACUCCCAUUCUUUUUUUACUUCACUUUUUGGUUUUUGUCUUAUUAUGUCUGUCAAUUUGGCUAAUUCUAAGUAUUCUGAAAGCUUACAUAGCCACUCUCCCCUAGUGGGUAACUGAUUCCCUUUCCAGUACUUAGCCACCAGGAUUCUUGCUGCAGAUGUCGCGUAUAAGAAAAAUUUAGUUUUGUCUUUUAGAAUAUCAUCAUUUAAAAUUCCUAAAAGGAAUGCCUCUGGCCUUUUACUAUAUGAUAUUCUUAGUAUUUUCUUUAUUGCUUCGUGGAUCGUGGAGUCCCUGAGGUUCAGUGAGAGCUGCCAGUCCAAGUUAGGAGGGACUCUGCUCCAAUUUUUGUGGUUCUGUUGGGGACAGAGAAGCGUUCUCCACAUCCGAAUUCUAGUUGAGAUUCCUGCAUUGCAGGGGGUUGGACUAGCGUCCCGUCCAACUCUGCAGUUCUAUGCUUCUAUGAAUUCAGCAUGCAACCCCCUAGCCCCAGGGUAGGAUAAGCAACCAGAUGGCAUCAUGGUGCACAGGACAGUUCUUGUCUCCUGGAGGAAGAAGUGCCUCCCUUGUCAUUAGGAAGAAUCACAGAAUGGUACCUUUGGAAGGGACCUCAAGGGUCAUCCAGUCCAACCCCCUGCAAUGCAGGAAUUGCAACUGAAGCAUUUAUGGCAGUCGGCCAUCCAACUUCUGCGUUAAAACCUCCAAGGAAGGAGAGUCCACCAGCUCCAGAGGGAGUCCUUUCCUCUGUCGAAGAGCUCUUGCCAUCAGAGAGGUCUUUGUAAUGUUCAGUCGGAAUCUCCUUUCUUGUCAUUUGAAUCCGUUUGUGGCCCCUUCCUUUCCCUGCUGUCUGCCUGCCGUUGGUCUCUCCUGUGUGCAGUAAAGACACUUUUUGUAUUUACAGGACUGCCUCUCCUGUUCUGUCCUGCAGAGGACCUUAAGGCCUUCUCAGCAAUAGCUCCGACCUGGUGGAAUGCUCUGUCCCAUGAGACCAGGGCCCUGCAGGAUUUAACCUCCUUCCGCAAGGCCUGUAAGACAGAGCUAUUCACCUGGCUUUCAAUUUGAACUUAGCCUGAUCUUUUAUUCCCCUUCCUUCCCUCCCUCUCCUCUUUUUAUGAAGAUUCCCCGCUCUGGGAUCCCACAGCUACUUCUCCCCUGGUCCCCUCGCUGGCCCAAAUAGGACUAAUUUAGCCAGCUAGCCCUGGUGAUCAUCUAAUGUUUAUUGGAUGGAUUUCCCCCCUCAAUUGAUUUUUGAAUUCUGAAUUUAUUGUUAUUCACAUUUUGUACGGUAUUUUAUGCUGUUUUUUUGUUGCAUCAAUGAAGUGUUUUAAAUUUGUUGUUAGCCGCCCUGAGCCCAGUUUUCUGAACCGGGAAGGGAGGGGUAUAAAUAAAAAAUUAUAUUAUUAUUAUUAUUUUCACAUCUAGGGCGGUGAAGUGGGUGAUGCAGAGAUGUUGGCUGCCUUGGAAGGGAGCGGCGAGGAGCAGCCUGAUUCAGGCGACAGCCGUCCUCGGGUCUGUUACAAGCACGAGCGAGCUAUCCCCAUUCAGCAAACUGUGGAGGCCCUGGACUUCCGAGAGGAAGGUGAGGAGGCCAGACCGGUGGUUAACUUCCUGCUCCCAAAGGAGGACGAGGACAGGGCCAGCCCCUGCCCCACAGCUGCUGAGCCAUCCCUUGCCCUGUGUCUUUGUUGUUGUUGUUGUUUUUUUAUAUUUAUUAACAUUUCAAAAGAAAAAGAUCACAUCAAUAAAAAAAUUAACAAUAAAAAGGAAAGAUACAAAAUACAAAGUACAAAAAAGAAAAAAACAGCCAAAAACAAUUCCAUCUUUUCAUCACUUCUUUUACAUUUACUUGUUUCCCGGACCUCCUCAUACCUCCCUCUUUUGUAUUCCAAUUCAGUUUGUUAGUCCAGCAAUUCCUUUCCCUCCUUUUUAAUCCUGAUCUUUAAUCUUAAUAUAUUAUAACAUUAAAUUUUUACCUAUUAAAACCAAUUUUUCCAUAUUCUUUUAUACCAUUACCGCUAGAAACCGCUUAACUUCAAUCCGUCAUCAUUCUAACAUUCAUUAAUUUUACAAUAUUUCUGUAAGUAGUCUUUAAAUUUCUUCCAAUCUUCUUCCACCGUCUCUUCUCCCUGGUCUCGGAUUCUGCCAGUCAUUUCCGCCAAUUCCAUAUAGUCCAUCAUUUUCAUCUGCCAUUCCUCCAGUGUGGGUAGAUCUUGUGUCUUCCAAUGCUUUGCAAUAAGUAUUCUUGCUGUUGCCCUGUGUCUUUGCUGGUGGCUGCCCAGCUUCCUUCUCUUGCUGGUUGUGAGCCUUUGGCACACUCAUGCACAAAGAUGUACUUAGCGAAGUGGGGAACUGAACCACAGUCUUUCCCAGGUCCUUGUCAUUUAAUCCCCACAACAGCAACCACCCUGUGAGGUGGGUUAGGGUGAGACUCAAUGACUGGCCCAAGGCCACCACCCAGUUAGCUUCAUGACAGAGUGGGGAUUUGAAACAUGGUCUCUCCCAGGUGCUCUAACCACUGCACAACACUGCCUCUAUUUAGGCCACAGCCUAGGACCCUCGUACCUACGGGACCGCCUCUCCCGGUAUGCCCCCACAGAGAGCCAGUAUGCUGUAGUGUAGUGGUUAAGAGCGGUAAUCUCGUAAUCUGGGGAACCGGGUUCGUGUCUCCGCUCCUCCACAUGCAGCUGCUGGGUGACCUUGGGCCAGUCACACUUCUCUGAGGUCUCUCAGCCCCACUCAGCUCACAGAGUGUUUGUAGUGGGGGAGGAAGGGAAAGGAGAAUGUUAGCCGCUUUGAGACUCCUUAAAGGGAGUGAAAGGCGGGAUAUCAAAUCCAAACUCUUCUUCUUCUUCAAGGUCCAUAAAUAGCAACACCCUAGUGGUCCCGGGCCCUAAGGAAGUCAGAUUAGCCUCAACCAGAGCCAGGGCCUUUUCAACACUGGCUCCGGCCAGGUGGAACGCUCUGUCUCAUGAGACCAGGGCCCUGCGGGAUCUGAUUUCUUUCUGCAGGGCCUGUGAGACAGAGUUGUUCCGCCUGGCCUUCGGUUUGGAGUCAAGCUGAUUCCCUCCCCCUCUUUCUUUUUUCUUUUUCCUUUCUCCUGUGAUGAGGCUGCAUUUUAAUAUUUUAUUGUUUCAAUAUUUUAAUGUAUUUUAAUCUUGUUUUUAAGUUGUAUUCAUUCAACUUGUUUUUAUUAUUGCUUGUUAGCCGCCCUGAGCCCGGCCUUGGCUGGGGAGGGCGGGGUAUAAAUAAAAGUUGCUAUUAUUAUUAUCACACAGGGGUUAAUUGGGGCUUGGAAGGAGUCCCUGGGUGUCUGCCCUUUUCCAUGGGCCCCCAGGGGUUAGGGGCCCCCUUGCCCUGGGCCAGGUGGAGCUCCUCUCAAAGUUGGCCCACAAUGCCUCUCCCUCAUUGUAAAAUGGGGGGGGGGGGAGACUGUGUUUUUAUGUCAAACUUAAAUGAACACCGGCUCUGAUUCCUUUGCAAACUGAUGGCAUAAAAAAUGGGGUUUUGUUUGGAGUGAAAUAGCUCAGUUAGCAGCGCAUGAUACCCUUAAUCUUGGGGUCGUGGCUUCAAGUCUGAUGUUGGGCCAAACAUUCCCUGGGUAUUGCAGGGGGUGGACCAGAUGACGCUUGGAAUCAUUUCUAUGAUUCUAUGAAAGGCUUUCCACCAGAGACGGAUGCACAGCAGCAGCAGAUGCCCCCUCCAGCUUGAGAGUUUUCUUCUUUCUCCGUUCAGGUAUAGAGACGCUUCUGUGCUACCUGGAAUUGCACCCCCGCCAGUGGGUGGAGCUCCUGCACCCCACCUUCUCUUCCUGCCGGGUGGUCUGCUACAGUGGCCCCCAGCAGCUGCGGACAGUGGCUCAAAGGUACGGAGGGGAAGCUGGCUUCUGGUUGGGGACAGAGGGUGGCGCUUGGGGGGGAACUGUCAUCGCGCCACUCCCUGGUGUGUGGAGUGCCGCAGGGUGCGAUACUCUCCCCGAUGCUUUUCAACAUCUUUAUGUGCCCCCUCGCCCAGCUUGUCCAGAGUUUUCAGUUGGGCUGCCAUCAGCAUGCUGAUGACACCCAACUCUAUCUGUUGAUGGAUGGCCAUCUUGACUCAGCCCCAAACACACUGAUCAGAUGUUUGGGAGCUGUGGCUGGAUGGUUACGUGGGAGCCGGUUGAAGUUAAAUCCUUCGAAGACAGAGGUCCUUUGGCUGGGUUGGGACGAUAUGGGAUUGGGGGGGCAACUCCCAUCUCUUGCGGGGGUGCAGUUAGUGCCAGCACCGCCCGUUAAGAGUUUGGGUGUAAUCUUUGACACCUCCCUUUCCAUGGAGGUGCAGAUUGCAGCUAUAACAAAGCCGGCAUUUUUUCAUCUCUGCCAAGCUAAGCAGUUGGCUCCUUACCUCUCUCACCUUGACCUAACCACUGUGAUCCACGCGAAGGUCACCUCCAGACUGGAUUAUUGUAACUCGCUCUACAUGGGGCUGCCCGUGAGACUGACCCAGAAACUCCAGCAGGUGCAGAAUGCUGCGGCCAGACUCCUUACGGGGUCCUCGCUGUGGGGUCACAUUCACCCAGUGCUCUACCAGCUGCACUGGCUCCCGGUGGAGUACAGGAUCAGGUUUAAGGUGCUGGUUUUAACCUUUAAAGCCCUAUACGGCCUAGGACCCUCAUACCUACAGGACCGCCUCUCCUGGUAUGUCCCACGGAGGACCUUAUGGUCCUCAAACAAAAACACCUUGGAGGUCCCGGGCUACAGGGAGGUUAGGCUGGCCUCAACCAGAGCCAGGGCUUUUUCGGCCGUGGCCCCGAUCUGGUGGAACGCUCUGUCACUAGAGACCAGGGCCCUGCGGGACUUGACAUCUUUCCGCAGGGCCUGCAAGCCGGAGCUGUUCCACCAGGCCUUUGGCCGAGGCACAGUCUGACCCCCUCCUUUGGUAAUUCUUCACAGAACUCUAGCCCAAUGGUUGCCAUCAAUUUGAUUUGAACUGAUUUUAUAAUGAAUUGAUUUUAGAAUGCUGUAUUAUUUUACUGUUGUUAGCCGCUCUGAGCCCGGCUUCAGCUGGGGGGUGGGAUGGGAUAUAAAAAAAAUGUUGUUGUUGUUGUUGUUGCUCUGAGCUGAGACCUGGGGGAAACUGAGCAUUGGGAAAUGAUGGCAUGUGGAUAAGCUUCUAAGGGACCCAGAAAGAACCCAAGGGAAGAGUCUGGAUUAUUUGGGGGGGGGUACCUGUUGUGACCAGGGUCGCAUGACACCCUCAGCCUUAAAGCAAACCUGAGGAUUUUGUUGCCUGGUUGAAGGAGUCAAGUAAAGCACAUUUUCAUGAAGCUGAUUCAUUCUCACUCUUGUAACAAUACAAUAAAUUGUAGGUUUUGUCAUUGUGCGCCCACACGUAUGGUUUCGCUGUACUGAUCACUUGUUGCUGUAUAGCUGUUUUGGCACAGGCUGUUCUGAGUAUCAUUCCUGAUGGGAAAACAGGAUGCAAAUCGAAAUAAUAAUAGUUAUAACAAUUGCGUCCGCCCCCUGCUAGGCCAGACAAGGGAGCAUAAAGAGCUUUGCAGCCCCCUGGCAGUUUGGCGCAGCUGUCCUCCACCCCAUUUCUGAGGUGUCCCCAGAUGUGACACAGGUUGCUGCAGUGACAGCUCAGCUGGAAAACAUGAGGACUAGAAGCCUCCUUUUGAAAAAUGCUGCGUUCUGUGCCAGAUGCCAGUUUUCAUGCUUUCAGCUUGGCAUGAUCAGGGAGAGUACACACAGAGCCCUAAUUGUAUCUGGGGAGCUGGGUAUUCCUUGCGUUCUUAAUCAACUUCGCUGGAUGAACUGAGGCUGUCCCCUUGAUGAUUAUGAUAAUUUAUUAGGGGUGGAUUUGAACUCUGCACUCUUCCAAUCGUUCCAUCUGUGUUUGAAUCCAAGCUUGCCAGAUGAAAGUGGUGCAUGCUCUAGUUAUCUCCCGCUUGGACUACUGCAAUGUGCUCUACAUGGAGCUACCUUUGAAGGUGACUCGGAAACUGCAAUUAAUCCAGAAUGCGGCAGCUAGACUGGUGACUGGGAGUGGCCGCCAAGACCAUAUAACACCAGUCCGGAAAGAUCUUCAUUGGCUCCCAGUACGUUUCUGAGCACAAUUCAAAGUGUUGGUGCUGACCUUUAAAGCCCUAACCAGCCUCGAUCCUGUAUACCUGAAGGAGCGUCUCCACCCCUAUCAUCCAGCUGAGGUCCAGCGCCGAGGGCCUUCUGGCGGUUCCCUCCCUGCGAGAAGUGAGGUUACAGGGAACCAGGCAGAGGGCCUUCUCGGUAGUGGCGCCUGCCCUGUGGAACGCUCUCCCAGCAGAUGUCAAGGCAAUAAACAACUAUUUUACUUUUAAAAGACAACUGAAGGCGGCCCUGUUUAGGGAAGUUUUUAAUGUCUGACACUGUAUUGUUUUUGAUAUUUGGUUGGAAGCCACCCAGAAUGGCUGGGGAGAUCCAGUCAUCAUCAUCAUCAUCAUCAUCAUUAUUAUUAUUAUUAUUAUUAUUAUUAUUAUCAUUAUAUAAGUAGACCCUCUUCUGCUCCCCUACGGACUUCUCACGUGCUGACUUCUCUUCCCUUUCCCCCAGGUGCCCUCCUCUUGCAGUCUGUCUGGCCCAGCAGCGCCUGAAAGGGGUGGACCUUGCUCAUGCCAGCUCUGUAGAGUUUGAUGUCAUUGAGCUGGCCGACUCCAUGGGAUGGGAGGUCUUGCCAGUGAAACGAGCUCUCCGUCAGCUGCAGUGGACCACUCAGAACGGUAACCAGUCAGUGGGAAGCCUGUCUAAGGUGGGCUGGGCUGGGAACAGCUGUCCCAGAGAGCAGGCCUUCUGCCUAAGCCCCCAGCCAGUCUUGGUUCAGGAAGGAAGCGGAGAAGCCACAUCUUGUUGGCCGCUCAUCCCUUGUUUAAUCUCGGCUGGAAGGUUGGGGGUCGGUGUGUGUGUGUGUGUGUGUGUGUGUGUACUGUUCUUUAGAUGGAAAGGCCUUCUGAGUGACAAGGAUGGAGGAACUUGUGAUUCCAAGGCAAUCCCCACCCUCUUAAUAUCUGACCCAGCAGGGCCACAGUGGGAGAAAACUCCCUUUGGGGGCUUAAGGUGGAGGCUUGCACCAAAUUCCCAGUUAGUCAGACUAUUCCACAAUGCCUUGCCAGACAUAGUCCAAAAGAAUGUGAGAGUGUCCAUUAACACACACGCUAGAGAGGAAAUGUGUGUCAUUUGGGCUGUUUAUUUCCUAGCCAACCACCUGUCACCCCUGUUGCUCCACCAUCUCUUCACCUAACCAUGAUCCUUGAAAAUGCUUCCACAACCCAGUUAUUUUUACUAUACAUGCAGAGCCCUCCUUGCGUCUUAACUGGAGUUCGUUUUUCACUCUAUCAUUCAGCUAUUAGGUUCCUCCUAAACUGGUUCCUUUUGAUUUUGUGGCCAGGCUACCCUCUGGCGUACAUGGUGCCGGCCUCCCUGAUAGUGGGUCUUGCAUGAUUUCUACCUAACCUUCCAGUGAAAUUGAAUGUUGGAAGAUUCAGAACUCAGACACAAGAAAUGGCUUCUUCACCCAGCGCAUAACUGCGGGCUCCUACACAUGCUAGCGUUGUCCAUCAAUUUCAAUGGUUUUAAAAGAGGGUAGACAGGCCAGGCUCGGGGGGGGGGGGGGGUAAGACUGUCAGUGGCUACUAGCCGCAACAGCUGUGUUCUACUUUUAGUGCCGUAAGUAGUAGCCUCUGGGUGCUGGGAAUUGCAAGUGGGGAGAGAAGAAGAGUUUGGAUUUGAUAUCCCGCUUUAUCACUACCCGAAGGAGUCUCAAAGCGGCUAACAUUCUCCUUUCCCUUCCUCCCCCACAACAAACACUCUGUGAGGUGAGUGGGGCUGAGAGACUUCAAAGAAGUGUGACUGGUCCAAGGUCACCCAGCAGCUGCAUGUGGAGGAGCGGAGACACAAACCCGGUUCCCCAGAUUAGGAGACUACCGCUCUUAACCACUAGACCACACUGGUUCUCUGAGUGCUGUGGCCGUGCUCAUGCCCUGCUUGUGGCCUCCCCCAAGGGGCACAUCAUUGGUCACUAAGACCUGGAUGCUGGACCAAGUGGCCUGAUUCCGCUGCAGGCCUCUUCUUAAUUCUUCCCUUCCCUUUUGGCACAGGUUCCAAUGUGUCUAAGAAGAGCGGGAUCCUCGUGGAAUUUAGUCAGUUUGCUUUCCACCUGCGCUCCUACGGCGAUCUCACUGACGAGGAGCUGGAUGCAGUGUGUGACUUCCUGCACCAGCGAGUGACGGGCCGCGAAAAAGCUGCCCUUUCCCAGCUGCAGGCCUGCUUCCAGGCCUUUCAGAGGUGGGUAGGCACCAACUGGCACCACUUUAAAAGGUGGGCUGUGCUGCGUGUGAGAAGCUGGGCAAAAGAACGAUGUGUUCACUCUGGUGGCGGGAGGGAGGAGAAAGAGCUCCUGUUCUAACAGGGAGGGAGAACCACCUUGCGUUUAAUGGACACAACAGGUGCUUGUCAUGGACUGGCUGGCGAAGGGGUGGGAGGCACCAGUUGGGAAGCCUCCUUCCAAAGGGAUAAUAAAGUAUUAACUCGUACAAAUAAUAAUAAUUAUUAUUUAUACCCCGCCCAUCUAGCUGGGCUUCCCCAGCCACUCUGGGCAGCUUCUAAAAAAAUAUGAAAAUACCGUAAUACAUCAAAUAUUAAAAGCGUCCCUAAACAGUGCUGCCUUCAGAUGUCUUCUGAAUGUCAGGUGGUUGUUUAUUUCCUUGACAUCUGAUGGGAGGGCGUUCCACAGGGCAGGUGCCACUACCGAGAAGGCCCUCUGCCUGGUUCCCUGUAACUUGGCUUCUCGUAGCGAAGGAACCACCAGAAGGCCCUUGGCGCUUGACCUCAGUGUCCGGGUAGAACGAUGGGGGUGGAGACGUUCCUUCAGAUUCCCUUUACAGCUAAGAAAGAUUUGCAAAAAGAAAAGUAUUCUCUCUCCCUCGUCUUUCUGAGCAGUGUGGCUUUCCGCGCCUGUGCCUCGUGCUGUGACCACGGGGGCGAGGAGAAGAGCGCCCAGCUGAAGUCUCUGCUGCUGGAUUAUUUUGAGAAGGAUACCGAUGAAGCAGAUCUUGCACUCCCAAGUGAAGAGCAGGGCGCUGAGGAUCUCCAAGACAUUAAAGUGAGAGAAGCUGCUCUUUGCUCCUCCUCUUAAUGGCGCCGAAGCGUAGAAUGACACAGGCGUCUCUUUUGGGCUUCUCCAGAUUGUGGCCACAGUCAGGCACCGUGUGUGGCAAUGUGCCACUGUCUCUGUCCCCUAAUCCUGCACUGCUCCUGGGACUUCAUGGUCCUCAUCCAUUUCAUAAUGCUAUAGAUGGGUCUGAGUAGGCUAUCUAAACAUCUCCUGAGAUAACGAUGGGUGGGUAGGUGAACCUCUGGCAGAUUUGUUCACAUUAACUGUGUGCUCUCCACUCAUGUGUGGUUAGGGACUUGCUCUGCAGAUGGAGAGGGUUCUAAUCCUGCUGCUACUCUUAGUUUUCAAAGGAGAGGGUCAUAACUCAGUGGCAGAGUACCUCCUUUGUAGGCAGAAAUCUCCCAUUUUAAAAAGAGCUCAGGCAGCAAGGGACUGGAAAGACCUUGAGUUGCUGCCCGAAGGACGUUCUAAACUAGAUAAUCAGUAGAUUUACCCUGCCCACUUUUCUACCUGUGCAAAGAAGUGAGUUCUCUUCUCCCUUUUAAGCCAGAGGUGGGAAAGAGUCCUUUCUGGAGACACUUCCAACUAUCAAGUGCACAAUGCUAAGCAAAGAUGAGUCUAGUGUUUUGACUUGGUACAAAGCAGCUCAACAUGUCCAAAUCGGUAACUAAACUCCCAGUAUGCUUUGCUUCCCAAUUUCAGCUUCGGGACUGGGAAGAGCAAAUACGAGCUGACGUCCGCAACUUCCUGUCUCUCCGCCAAGACGAGAAGUUCACUGGCAGGGCUGUGGCCAGGAUCUUCCAUGGCAUAGGUGAGGAUGUACCGGUAAUUCUCCAGCCGUUCCGUGGUCUGCUCUGCUUCUUGCAUCAGCACAGAGCCUGGCACUGCACAGGUUGUUGUUGUUUAGUCGUGUCCGACUCUUCGUGACCCCCUGGACCAGAGCACGCCAGGCACUCCUGUCUUCCACUGCCUCCCGCACUUUGGUCAAACUCAUGCUGGUAGCUUUGAGAACACUGUCCCACCAUCUCGUCCUCUGUCGUCCCCUUCUCCUUGGGCCCUCCAUCUUUCCCAACAUCAGGGUCUUUUCCAGGGAGUCUUCUCUUCUCAUGAGGUGGCCCAAGUCUUGGAGCCUCAGCUUCAGGAUCUGUCCUUCCAGUGAGCACUCAGGGCUGAUUUCCCUAAGAAUGGAUUGGUUUGAUCUUCUUGCAGUCCAUGGGACUCUCAAGAGUGUCCUCUAGCACCAUAGGCUGAAAUCCACCAAAACCUCCAGUGGGCACUUCUGCUCAAUCACGAUCUGAUCUCUUAAGGGCAAAGGGAAUUGAGCAUCACAUUUGCCACAGUGCUGUAGAACAGCCUUUUCCAACCUGGUGCCUUGCAGAUGUUUUGGACUACCAACUCCCUGGACGUGGCUGAUGUUUGUUGUAGUCUUUAAAACAUCUGGAGGCUACUACUUUGGCAAAGGCUGCUGCAAAGUGAACAAAACUGGUAAUUGUUGUAAACAGAAUCUCUGCCCUUUUUCCCUUAUGGGGUAUCCAAGAGCCCAUAUAGAGCCCUUACGUAGGUUCCCUAUUGGUAGGAGAAAAUAACAGAGGCCAACCAGAGAAUAUUAAGAGGCAAAGCAGCUAGUAAGCUUGAUCUUUAUUGAUCUGUUGCAACAGGGUGCUCCCCUCACACGCAGGAAAGGAGGAGGAAACCAGAACAAUGGCGCGCAAGGCCUUAUAUAGACAUUUUGAAAUUGCCACGCUGUAGAUCAAGACCGCCCCCAGAAACAUCAUACAUACAUCACAGAAGGGGUGUAGCUCAAGACCACCACCCCAGAUAAAUCAUACCUACAUCACAGAAAAGGCGGUCUAAAACAGAAAUUUGAAUGUUGUUUUUCUUCCUGUUUACUUGAUUGGAUACCCUGCUUAUUUGAUUGGAUACCCUGGGGAGCCUGGCCAGUCUUUUGUAAUGAUAAAUACUUACUUCCUGAGUCAGGUCACAGGCUCACCCUUUUCAAACGCAGACAUACCUUUAAGACAGGAUUUGUGAAGGAAAAGACAAUGGGGAGGCUUUUCCAUUUUCCUUCCAGAGAAAACAUUUGGUCAGUUUGGGAAUCAAAAAUGGUUCCGUGUCUGUCUUCCUGUGCUGAUCUAUGUACGUGGUUGGUUGCUACACUUAUGAACAUUGAACAUAUAUCUAAGACCUCAAAAUUCCUAUCACAUAAUCCUUAACUCUUUGUCAACAAUGUAGGCCUAGCAGGAGGCUCUGUUGGGCCCUCUAAUGGCUGGCAUUGCUCUGUUUUUUUGAGAAAUCACCAAGCACUUGCAAUUCUUUUGGUGGCUGAUUGAGUUUUUUCCGUUUGGACAGGAAGCCCACGCUACCCGGCCCAGGUUUAUGGCAGAGACCGGCGUUUCUGGAGGAAGUACAUACAUUUUGAUUUCAACAAGAUUAUACGCAUGGCCACGGAAGAGAUCAUCCGCUGGAACUGAACUGAGCCUGCACUGCCAUCUCCAGGGAUGAAAGUCCAGAGCAGAGCUCCACGGUUCCCUCAAGCCUGUGUGCAGGUUGCUCUAACUGCAAGAUGCAACUGACCAGCCAGCAUCCCAGGAGCCAAAACAGCACCUCCUGCUCCCCUUGCGGUUUUGCAGAACUUCUCUGCAAGGCAGAUGGAAAGCUGGGCGGCUGAAUGGACUUCUCUGUUGCCCUGAAAUAAGCAAAGGUUUUGGGGGAAAUGGCCUGUUUUCAUCUCCAAGCCUUUCCUAUUUUUGUAUGUAAAGCUUCCUUUUUAUUUUUUACAAAAUUGUCCUGAUUUUUAAAUAUUUUUUUAAUGUAAGGGAGAGUGUUAAGUCUUCUUCUAACCUCUAGGAAUUUUUAUUAUUUUUAUUUAUUAUCUGGACUUCUACAUACUUUGCAAAUCUUGAAGUGUGUUAAUGGAUGCCUUCCCUCCUUCCUCCAGGGUGCCAGCAUUGGAGGGAGGGAGGUUGAUUUAAUAUAUAACGAUGAUAAAAUAUGUAUAAAAGGAGGACCCAUGAUUAAGGGUAGAACAUGCACACACAACUGGAAGACAUACAGGAGGGACUGGUGUCAGCAAGCAUAAUCUUGAAGAACUGAUGGGCAGAUCCUCUUCCAUAAAAGAAUUGUGAGGAUUUGCUUUUAUAUGGCAUUCAGAAAUAUAAUGCUUUAAAUGUUUGGCUGCUGCCCGCCUCUUCACCUGCGAUAAACCUAUUUCAUUGUAUGCAGGGGCCUUUAACGUAUUUUUAAAUAAGCUGUGGAAUGCUUGCAUUGUUAUAAAAUUGAUGAUGAACUGACCGUCUUAAUUUAGCAUUUUUCUCUCAAUUCCCCCAUAUCCUUUUUGUACAUUUGCCUUAAUAAAUAUACAAAGAA